AUGGUCUUAGUGUCUCUUCUUCAAUCUCCUGCACAGCGCUUUGACUUAUUCAACUGGGUAACAGAGAUCAAGUUAUGGGAACGAAGAUUUGAAGGUGUCGAAUAUAACUGGGUCCCAAGAACAGCUAACAAAGCAGCAGAUCAGCUUGCACGGAAUCAACGUUUAUCAACCAUCGAUUUCUUUUAUCACCAUUUAAUCCCACCAUGUAUUGCAACUGCUCUGUACGUUGACUCUGUUAAUCAAUAA